CCGUACAAAUCUCACAAUAAGCAUUUAACGUUUCGUCGAUCAUCUAUUUAAUAACAUUUAUCAUAUAAUAUCUCCAAUUAUAAAUAUUUUAAGAUUUUAGAUACUAGUAAUUCUUUCUUUUGUUACAGGUAAUGAUUUUCGUAACACACAUACCAAAUGCUAUUCCAAUCGAUUUCCUUAAUAUGUCUCCAACAAUACGUGGCGGCGUCAGUGGAAGUUCAUUUCGAGAAUAAGGACGGUGGAUUCUUCCUGAAGCAUAUACCGCGGCAAUAUUAUCCGGCUCGCGGCACGUCGGACACUAUCCCGGCGCUAUCUUCAGGCGCGUCGAAUAAUAAUAACAAUAAUAAUAAUAAUAAUAAUAGUAAUAAUAAUAACAACAAUGCAGGAGGUGCGGUAGCAUCGCCACCGCCUGGUUCUGUCCUCUCGAUCGACAAGUUCACCGUCUUCCAAACGAGCGAGCCGGUAUCUGUGCGGGCUACAUACGGUCCUUUUAGCACCAAACAGACUGUACCAGCGCGUUAUAUAGUUCCUGAUCCGUUAGAUGCACUGCCAGGACCAGAAACGCGACGCAAUCUUACGGCGGCGACGAUCUUAGACGCGCAGGAACUUGGCGCUCGCCAUCUGGAUAUGUCAGCUCACCUGGUGGGCAAUAGCAUACCGCGCGACUCGCCCGUGCUCAGGGUACUCUUUCAUGCCGGCAGCGAAGCUGGUGGUAGACGUCAGCUGUUGAUGGCGCGGCAUCAACGGGUCUGUGUGGUGUUGCACGCUAGCCUAGCUAGUCCAUCACGGAAUAAUGCCGCGAGUAGAAGCAGCAAUGGACACGGCUACUCUUCUUCUUCGUCAUCUUCCACGCUUACGGCCGCCUGCAGUCCCGAUGGUGAGAAUGGGGUUUGCCUCGCGCAAAUCACUAUACCAGCCGAUUGGUGGGCACCGUUACCGCCACCUGAUGCUUCCGGCCGUGUCAAGGUUGCCAAAAGUCUGCCGCGAUUGAUUCAGGUUGCUUACUCCGUGUUAGAACCGCGUACCGAGGAGGGAGGACUUGGUAAUGGUGGUAGUAGUAACACUGGUGGUGGCGGUUUGACUGAUGCCAUUGGUGGAUCAGGAUUCUGCAGACCCAGAGUGCAAAUACAACCAGUCACUCCGCUGGGCCAAGUGCCGCUCGCGCCUAACAAAGCGGAUUAUAAAGAACUCAGAGCAGAUGACUCGCUGACGUUGUUGGUGCCGCACGGGCCGCUCUAUCCAAGAUCCAGGUUGCAUAUUCCAGCCUUUCUACACCCCGUUAAGGUGACGGAUUCACGACAAGAGCGACCACCGUUGAUUGUUGCGGUUUAUUUAAGGGCACGAGUAAAAUCCGGUAUAAAGAUCUUAGAUGCUUCAUCUAGCAGUCCGGACUGGAUCGUCGAUAGUGAUGUCAAUGUGAAGAAUACAGCUGCCACGUUCACAGCGCGACGUAAAGAAAAUUCGUCACGCAUAUCGAGCAUGUCCGUGGAAGAAAUAAUGACGAUGUUACUGGAAGCCAGUGAGGAAGGCAUAGGCGGAAGUUGGGACGGCGGUAGAAUCGUAUGGAGUGUACGUUACACGCUUGAGGGCGAGGAGGAAAAUAGCUCCCAGUUGACGGGCGUCGAUCAGUCGCAGCAAAGAAUGCAACAACGCCAAAUGCAACACCAUCAUCAUCACCAUGUUGAGAGACGGAAACUGCAAGCACGGCUGGAGAUACAGAAGGAUGAUAUACAAGCGGUACUUCCAAUUUCUAAGAACUGGGAGGUGAUGAAUACGGCGGUGUUGACGGGACGUCAGGUGUCGCAAGGAAUGAAGGUUUUCAUCGUGAGCCAGGCCGGUACAGUCGCCGACGUUACACUGCAGUCGUCUUGUCAUUCUGAGGAUGAGAGUGUCCUCAAGGUAUCGUCUUCAUGCAGUAGCGUGUACGUGGAUGGCUCGGAGAUCCGAGGUUCCAGCAACGCAUCGGUACUCGUCAAAUAUGGCACAUAUACUGGCCUGGCGAGAUUUACUGUGUGGAUGCCCGAGCUUCCGCUGGAAGUGAGCGUCGCUGACACGCGACUGAACCAGAUAAAGGGUUGGAAGGUGCCAGAGGAGCAUGUGACAAGUGGAAAGAGCAAACGGAGUUUGCUAAAUACUACGCAGAUCAAAGAGAAGACGGAAGUUGCCUCGACGUCAACAGUACCGCCAGAAAUAUCGAUGACUGCACGAGCAAAGAAAAGGAGCGCCGUCGAUUUAGAAGAGUCGAUAGAGGACACAUCCUUGGACGUAGAUGAUCCGGAAGGGCUUCUCGAGGAAGACGAGCAGGAAGAACGGUUCCGGCCCAACGGGAAUGAUCACGAAUGGGACACAAUCAAUUCUAUCGAUCGGAAUCUAUCUCCGGCCAAUUGCAGGUUGCGCUUCCAGCAAAGUCCAAUUGAGGUGCACGCCCGAUUUCUAGCGACCGAUCACGACUCGGGCAGGGUUUCGUACUUCGUCAAUCGGCGUACCUGGCUACGUGUCACUGAUCUUGUAGCUGGUAUGCUGCGUGUCUCCGAUCCUAGAAUAGCGACGCUUCUUCAAGGUAGGCUGGUCCAAGGACGCGGAGUGGGUCGCACGGAGGUGCAGGUGCUUUCACCAAUCACGGGUAGAGUCAUAGGCGCGAAAGAAAUCAGGGUCGGAAAUGACCGCGUGUCCGUGACGCGUCUGUCCGUGCGGGUGGUGUCCGGACUUCAACUCAGUAUCAGUCCAGAUACCGCAAUCGAGAAUGGAUACAUCGCCGAAACCUCGGUUACGAGGAGACUGACUGCACAGUAUCAGGAAGGACUGCUGGACAUUGACGUAGAGUUUUCGGAUAGUACUCACACACCUCUUAGGGAAAUCACAGUGAGCGAUUACCAUUUAUUGGUAGAAAGUUUGGAUCCGGAAGUCGUAGCAUUCGCACCGAUGGUUGCUUCCCAUCACCCACGAGUAAUCGCAGUCGGUGAAGGACGCGGCGACUUGCUGCGUGUCACUUUACAGCUAGCCGACUCUUGCCGAUUAUCCAGCAGACGUUCAAGCAAGGGCUCUCAGAGAACGGCGGUCACGGCAUUGGCAAGCGCGUCGGCCAAUGUCGAAGUGGAUUUUGCCUCGAGCGAAGUGCCCAAUCGGCCGGAAUUCGUACAGAACGAUGGUGGUGGGACUAUCGGUUCUCACCACCACAGAGAACGUAAAACCAGCCGAGGGGAAGUAGCGUCCGAUCUACACGACAUUCUCAUCGGGUUACCGCUGAAAGACGAAAAAGACGGGCACGAGCACGAGCCUUUGGUGCAGGCACGGCAGCAUCGCACGGCUAUAGCUAAUGGCAUGUCUUCAGGGGGUAUGGGCGGCGUCGGCGUGCGUCACCACGGAGUUGGGACACGAAUGAGUCCGCUCGAGAUCGGGAUGUACGUGCUGCUCGCAGCGUUCUGCUUCGCAAUCGUUGUCUUCGUCGUUUCCUGCGUGGUGUACGCCAGCAAGUUCAAGCCUCAACCACCAAACUCUCCGCUAUCCGGUGCGGCCAUCCCGGUGCUGUCUGGCGCGGGUGCGAGAGCUCGUGCCGCCGCGAACCAGCUGGCGUCCAGUAGAAGACCACCACGCGAAUCAACUACCAACGCUCACGACUGGGUAUGGUUGGGUAGAGCAACCCUCGAACGAGCUGCUUGCGGUCCACAACAGGUGCGCGUAACGAGUAAUCCGCUGGCCAACGAAGGCGAACCCGAGGCGGAAUUGGGCACCUGCUUCGACAAUCCGAAUCAUAUCGAACUACCGUCUGCUAAUCAACGAUCCAGCAGCAGUGUCAUUGACACCACGACUUAUUCCAAAAAGGACAGAGUAGCGCGAAACAGUUUCGCAGUAAAAUCCACGGUCAAGCCGACCGCAGUAAUACCAUCUACUACAGUUACUUCGGCGGCAACAACGGCGUCGAUGGUAGCUCCGAUAAUGGCCACUGCGCGGAAUGAUAACGAUGAUAUUCCUCCGCCUUUGCCUCCACACGGAGUACCAGUCACAAACUCGACAUCAACAACGGUGACUACAACGACCACGACGUCAGUCGGCACAAACAAUGUGAGCAAUGGCAAUAAUGAAGAUUAUAAGCCGCCGGUACCGCCACACAGGAACACGGGGGUAGGAACGCGAUUGCCGGAACCGCCGCGGAAGCAUCGCCACAGAGCGUCCAGCAGUGGUAGCGGCGGCCAUCACGGGAAUAAUCAUCGACACAGCAGCAAAGCACAGCAACAGUCAAAUCAUCAUAUAAUAAUCAAGUCGCAUGGGAAAACUAGAGUAGACAACGCAAACAAGCAAAGUGGCGAAGACGAAGAAUUUGUGGAAUUUAUGAAUCACGAUGACAACAGACACCUUACAAAGGAUGCCGGGAGAUCCCGAGAGAUCAAGAAGGCGACUAUAGUCGGUAAUCCCAUGUAUUCGUCCUUUUCUACCUCCGCUAUGGUGUCUACCGCCGUCUCUACCGUAAAUUCAUCCACUCCUACUGGCGGUGCGGCAUCAUCCACCACAACAUCUCCGCCGUCUUCGUCACCGUCCGCAUCUUCCUCCUCAUCCUCCUCUAGCUCCUGCGCCUCAUCCUCCUCCCAAGACCAAGAGGAAUCAGUCGCACUCGAUGACCUUAAUCUAGGUAUGGAUUACAAUCAGAUCAUGCAAUAUUUCGAUAACUUGAAAGAGUCGAAUGCCUAGGUGAGGCCAUUCGACCUUUCCGAAGGUCGAGUAGUAGUCAACGUCGAUACGAAACACUGGGAUUCUCGUUAAUAGAUACAGCGAACGCCAUCGAGUUGUUUCUUUCCCCUUAAGAAUUUUCGGAGAGAAUUCUGUCGAGAAUUCAUAACAACUCGCUCUCGCAGGAACGAGAUUUCGCUAUCAUCGAAAACGACGAUUCACCGGAUAUUUCGUAUCUUAGACUAAUAAUCUAGUCAGCUUCCUAGCAGCACAUCAAGAAUAACGCGCAAAUACGUAUGCAUACACACAUACACAUACGCUCAUAUUAACAAAUAAGAAAGGGAUAAUUCCUUCGCACGACUUAUACAGUCUCCUGACAAUUUGUUACGACUGCUAGCAAUUUUUCGGCGCAAUGGGUAAAAGUUCCUCAAGUAUAAUAUAAUUUCUUGAUAUGUACAUAUAUAUCUUAUUUUUUGCAUCGAUACGUAAAUAACAAUACGUAAAAUGUAAUGUACGAUAAUAAGAUGAAGAGAGUGUGAAAAAAAAUUGCAUCAAUAUUUUAUAAUUUAUAUCAUAAAUAAAAUAAAUAUUAUACACGGAAGAUGCAUAUUUUUACUAUACUUUUAAUAUUUUUAUUAUACUUCUAUCAUCCAAAUUAUCAUUAUCAAAACGAUUCAACUUUUGAGUAUCCUUCUCUUCUUCUUUCCUUUGCUUGUACUGGUACUUUAAUAUUUUUAUUUACGAAAUGUUUUCUUUGAUAACUUUAAAUAGUUUAAAUCUUAGACUGUUAAUAAUAUAUUUAAUAGAUUUAAUGUCUAUCAUGUGACUUAUAUUUUAGUAAAUUUGCGCGCGAAGUGUAUCGAAUAUCACGACUGCGAAAAUUUGCUAUCGUAAUAAAUAGUCGGAGUACUGUUUGCGUACACUCAAGAGGCUUUAAAAUAAUUAACUCGGUGGCCGGUGGAGUAGGUAAAUCGCUCGUUCGACGACAAAAGCGUUACGCGACAUUUCGACGUUCCAUUUCUUACUGCAAGCUUUCCUUCAUUUCAUACAGGAUCGUUGCGUAUCUUCGGUCUCGCCCCUGUGCCAUCUUGAUCUCUCGUUCGAGCCUUUUCUCCGCUACCACGCGGUUCCUCCACUUGUCAAAUGACAAGAUAACAAGCGUCAGACAAUUCGAAAUACUUGUAUUUCAAUCGCGCAUGCAUUCAAUAACGCAGAUCGUAAAAAUUCUCUAGUGUAUUUUAUUAUUUUCGUGUUACUUUCAAAGACAUUUUUGCAUUCUUUACGUCAAAUUUUAUACUAUGGCUAUUCAAAGAAAACAGAAUAGUCAAAAAUACGUCAAAAUAAUAUCAAAAUAUGAUCGAAAAUGACGUUAAAAUAUCAUGGUUUUUAUAUUUUUGACCACGGUAAAAAAUUUUUCCUAUAAUUUAUUUUUAUUGCUAAAAUAAAUCUUAUCAAUUUGCAUCACAUUUCAGAAUGUCACUUUUGUCACACGAUCAAAAAUAUAUAUUGAAAGAAAAAGUUUACAGUAUUCUUAGUCGGUCAUUCAUCUAUGCCAUAUUUAUCAUAUACUUUCAUAAUAAUAAGCAUAUACAGUCGAGAAACGUAUAACGCAUUUUCUAAAAGUCAAAAAAACAAAAUAAAAAAGUUAAGUCAUUGUUAAAUCAUCUAAAGAAACUCACGGAAGUAUUCCCCUCCGAGUUUGAUGAGCUUUUAAUACGUCUGGAUCAAAAUAAGGGACACAUAUUUUUUUAAUCGUACUCUAACGCAAGGACGAAACACUCCUUUAAAGAAAAUAGGUUUUUUUUCUUUUGCAGCAAAUAUCGUCGAAACUAAGGCAUAGAAAAAAAGUUCUGAAUGAAAAUUGAAUGGCUUGAAAAGUAUAAUAGCAAUGAAAAAAUUUUUUUAAAUAUGAGUAGGUAAGUGUGAUAAGGGACAAUUAAAAACAAUUUUCUUUGUAAGAUCAAUAUUUAAAUUAUAACCAAAAGUAAUAUAAAUUUGGUCAUUGGUCGUCAGUUUUUCCGAACUAUCCUUAAAUAAAUUUCUCGAAUUUGUUGUUCAAAAUUCGCGGAGAGUAAUCCGCUAGAUUCUUAUAAGUCUUACACAUGACAAUGUAAUUUAUUUGAUAGAAGAUGCAAAAAGACGUACUCUUGAAUUUAUUAUGCAUAUCAAAAACUAAUUAACAUUUUUCAUACAAAAAGAAAUAAAGAAAAGAAAAUUUUCUGUCACUGAGUGUCUAAUCACCACGUCUUUUCUGCCAAUGUUCAAUUUUUAUUCAAUACUCGCUUCACGGGUAACGCAAUCAAUGAUGAGCUUUUUCUGAACUGUUCAGUUCACGAACUACCAAUCAAUUAGUUAAGUUCGGUAUGCGAAGCGCGAUCGAAAUACGGCGAAGCAUUUAUUUGCGACUUAAUCCAGUCGCAUCGGAGGACACAUAUUUAUUCAACCGUACAUUAUAAUGUUUGUAAAUUUUGCUUCGUAAGACUGUGUACAUAUAUAUAUAUAUAUACAUAUAUUAUACAUAUAGAUAGAGCGCAUGUUAAUUAUGAACUUACAAGUUUAAAAUUAUAUUUGAAUGGCUAAUAGAAAAUUGCGAAUCGUUGCACGCAUCGUUUGACGAAAAACUCGUUCGGCUGUACAGAAUGAGAAGUAACGCCGACGGCAAAAUACGCGUACGUUAUGGAUUUUAUAAUGUUCGAAUGCUGCUCUCUGAGAUCGCUUUUGAAUUACACUUCAUCUCUCGAAAUUCCAUAAUCUUUUUAAAUACGUCGCGCACUUUUUAUUUAACUGAAAGUACUUUCAUUACAUGAACGCAUCCACACAUAUGGCAUCGUUGAAGCGAGAUCGGUAUCUGGAUAUAUGAAGCAUUUUAUACUUAAUUAUAAUGUGCAUCGACGCAUCCCAUACAGCACAGAAACAUUGCAGAAAUAUUUUGUUGUAACAUUCUAAAAACGUUAUAAAUUGUUGUUACAAUAUUGUUACAAUAUUACUGCAACAUUGCAGCAAUAGUAAAAUGUAUAUCUUUAGAAAUAUUGCAGCAUUAUUAUAAUAUGAUACUGACUGAACUCAGUCUGCUGCCAUAUGUAAACGCGCGGCGAAAGAGGACCGCACGGCGCUACGAGGCGCGCGGAAAAUUGUUUAUUACAAACGACAAUGGACACAUGAGCGAUGCGGUGCCACUUAAAAAAAACAAUUUUCCGCGUACCUAGCAAUAAUAAUCACUGGGCAGACAUAUCUAAUCGCGCUUGCAUUUGCCGGUAGGCUUGACAAACUAUCUUUAGUAAUUAAUAUUUCAUUAAUUAUUGCAAAUUUUGCAAAAUAAUAAAAAAUGUUUCUAGUCAGUCUGUCUGGUUCUAUUAGCUCACGAGAGGUGGUCAUUACUGGAUACACUCUUUAUAGAUUAUAUACAGUAUAUAUGUAUAUAUCCCAGAAAUGGGGAACGUGAAAGCGAUCGAGUGGAACAAAAAAAUCGUACAUUAUUUUAAGAUAUUCGCUAUAAUUAUCGGCUUAAAAAAUAAAACGAACCAAUGUGCGGUAUCAAGUGCGCAUCAAGCUGCGUCACUUUUCUCUCGCCGUCACAAUACUACGAAUUCGCAAGGCGUGCCCAUACAUUGGUACAAAAAUUUUUUAUUUUUAAAGUCGAUAAUUAUAGCAAAUAUCCCAAAACGAUGUAAAACUUUUUUAUUCCUCUUGACCUCUUACACGUUUCCAGUGCAGCUCAUACCACAUUUUUGGGACAUCCUGUAUAUGAUAUUCCGUCUUCUGUUUUAUCUUGUGUGAUUUUUUAAUUGUGAAAAUUAAAACUUUGCAAUAUCUAUCUAAUGGCAGUAGCGCGUACUACUUACGGGGCAUUAUUUCUCAUGUAGAAUAUUAUUUUUCACAAUAUUUUUGAAACGUUGCUGCAACAUUAUUACAAAAAAGUCUUUGCAAUGUUUUCAGCAAUUCCUACAAACUUCUGUGCUGUAUGAAAUAUAUUUGGAUACGGCAUUGCGAUACGAUACUUUAAUUAAGUGCGCUCUUGCUUUAAACAUUUGUAUCUAGGUAUUAUAAUAUAUCUGUUACUGUAACGUGUAUACACACGUGUACAUAUAUUAUAUAUAUUUGCCAUAUCAAAUAUAUAAUUGUAUAUUUACCAUAAAAAUAUUAUCCGGAAUAUUGAAGUCAGUUGUACGUUAUGAAGAAGAUGUCCCAUUGUUUUGUAACAUACCUAUUCAGUUUAGAUUUUAUUUACAGUCAUUAGUUUGUCGCAAUGUUUCAGCAAUGUUCGGACUAUCAAGUAUGUAUGUUGCAGAAUUUUUAAUGACUGUUUCAUGUAGGUGCUAUUUCGAAAAAUGUAUGUAUCUGUUAUAAAAAACACAUCUUUAUCAUAUAACCAUAUUUGUACCUAGAUACAAAAAGGAAAUGUAUAUAACCAAUAUGUUUGAAAGUUUGUAUAAACUAAGUGAAUAUUAUUGCCUAUAAUUGAUUUAUUAAUAAAAAAACAAAUAUAACUUAUUAUUUACGUCAUGCAAGUAAAAAAUAAUGGAAAAAUUAUUCUUAGGACAAUUUUUCAAAAUGAUCAAUUUGAUUAAAAAUUGAGUAAUCUCUUUUACAACAUUGACAGUAACAUGUUACUUGUAACGUACGAUAAUAAUUGUUACUCUUUUUUUUUGUCUGUAACGACAUUAUUACAUUUUUACAAUGAUAAGAAAUUUUCUUGUUAAUUUAUAAAUUAUAUAAUACAUAAAAUAAUUAUUUAGUACCUCACCUCACCCCAAAUAAUGUUAACUUUAACGUAUGUUAUCAAGGUCAUGAUCUUCUAAGAGUAACAUCCAAGAGAUAUUAAUCGUCGCUCAUUAUUCAUUGAAAAGUCUUAACAAAAAAUGUUUCAUAAAUGAAACAAAAAUUUUCAAAUUUGGAAAUUACAUUGAGUUGAGUUGGGUUGGGUUAAGAAAAAGUUCCACGCAUGUACUUUCCACAAGAAGCGAGUCAUACUCCAUGUUCCACCUGCAAAACGAGACCUAUAGUUGUUCUGUUUCAUAGAGAUUUUCAACUUUUACGAAGCAAGAUCAAUCCUCCUCUAUUACGAAACGAGAUUUAAAAUUCUACAAUUCCACCGCCCUUCCAACUUACAAAAUAAUGAAAAAAAACACGAGUAUAAUAAUCAUAGAAUUAUAGGUCUCAUUUCACGCCGUAAACAGAAUAUGAGAUGGACUUUACAUGGAAGUAUUACAUGCGUGGGCAAAACUCUUUCCCCUGCACCCUUAUUUCACAAUAUUGAUAACUUAAUCCAUUCUAAUUUCCAAUUGAAAAAAAUUUAAUUCCGUUAAUGAUAAUUUUCUCAUUUGGAAACAUUUUUUGUUAAUAAACUUUUUAAUAAAAAAUAAGCAAUAAUUGAAACCUUUUAAAUAUUGUUCAAGUUGUUAUAAUCUUGACAACAUAUCUUGAAUCCAUGGAUGUCAAGAUCGAAGUUGGAGCCCGAUCUCCUAAUCGAUAUAUUUAUCAAACAUGAAAAUUGUUUUGUUAACUUUUUAAUAAACUAUGGACGACAGUUAAAAUCAUUGAACUGUUAUUCAGGGACAUGACUUUGCCAACAUAUGUCAAGAUCAUUAGAGAUGGAUCGUCUAUAUUAAUUAAUUGCCAUCGGCAAAAAGAUAUUUUAUGGAAGACAAUUUAUUUUGUUAUAUGACAUCAUUAUUUUAUUCCGUUGAUUUCGUAUAAAUUCAUACGAACCUCAACAAAACAUGUAAUGAUUGAAUACUACUCUACAUAAGCAUAAAGAUACUUUUUAAAAAACAAUCCGUGGAUAAUCAGGCAGAGCAUGUUCACUUGAUGUAUACAUACUUUCACUCGUAUUCGUAACAGCGAAGAGAAAGAAAGAAAAAGAAAAAUAAUCGUUUGUUCUUCCCGAUCGACUAAAAUAAUUACGAACUCAUCUGCGUUUCCACUGUUUUUCAUAUAACUGAUCACCGCAAAGCAAUUGAAUAAAACAAAGGUCAAAGACAAUUUAAGUGUGAACGACCUACUCCAAGGAUCAACCAGAAAACCUAUAAUUAUGUACGUAUUUAAGGACUACAGUGUCUAUGUAUGUAACUCUGUAAGUUGUGUGUCAGCACAUCACAAGGGACAAUAGUAAACUGAUCCAUCGGCGGCGAACGGCGUUCGGCGAACAAUCGACAUCUCGUUGUCGACGAUAAAAAAACGUCAAAAAACACAAGAAAAUAAGUACGAUUAUAUGG